GGGUAAUCUGAGUGAUAUGGCGACAUGAAGUGAUUUUUCUUAUCCGAGGUUGUACACGAAAUACAUAUUGGAUCCAAAAAUUGUCUCGCCUUUCCGCCAGCCAAACAAAUAUUUGUCGUACGUAUGCGUAUACGUGCUUUGCAGUAUAUAUAUAUAUGGAACAGUGGAAAAAUUAUUAAGUCGUCAAUGAAGAAAGGUCUCUUUCAAUUUGUACGACAACAAAUAUAAGCUCGCUAUUUUAAACACAUCGACACGCAUAUUUUAGUACUUAUAUUAAUACGAAAUAUUAUUAAUUCAACAUGCCGAAGGACAUAAGAUUUUUAUCUAAAAGACGAAAGAAUCAAUUAAUCAAUUGUCAAUAUAAUUUACAUAAAAAUUUAAAUUUAUUACAAUUAGUCGAAUCAAACAAAGCAUGUAAUAAUAUUAAAGAAGCAACAUUAACUCGUGAAGAAUGUAACAAUAAUAUAUCUUGUAGAGAUAAUAUAUUAUCUAACGAUUCUAAUGAAUUUCAUGAAUUUGAGAUAGAACAUGAUACGAAUAACAAAAAAGAAUGUAACAUUGAAUUAAAGGAUAAUACACCUACAACAAAUAUCUCCUAUUGUAAUAAUGAGAAUAAUUUAUGGAAGGAUUUACAAAUGUUAAUUAUUAAUUGUAAUAUUCCACAUAGCUGUGCAAACGAAUUACUUCGUAUUCUUAUAACACAUGGUCAUGUGGAAUUACCUUAUGAUGUCAGAUGUCUACUUAGAACGCCACGAAAUACAUUUAUGCAUAUUAAAUCUAUGGGCAACGGUCGUUACUUUCAUUUUGGUAUUUUGUCUUCUCUUGAGCGAUCAAUACAGAUGUAUUCUACAUUUAUAAAAACAAAUGAAAUUACAUUAAAUAUAAAUACAGAUGGUUUACCACUUUGUAAAAGUUCUGGAAGCCAAUUUUGGCCUAUUAUGGGAUCAAUAGAAGGAAUAGAUAUUUACACAUCACCAUUCAUAAUCGGUGUGUACCAUGGCAUGUGCAAGCCCAAUGAUGCAAACGAAUUUUUAACCGAUUUUAUCAAUGACUUUAUUUCUCUCUCACAAAAUGGAAUAACUGUUUUGAACAAUAAAUAUACUGUUGCUAUUGGUGCAAUACUAUGCGAUGCCCCAGCUAGAGCAUUUAUUACACGCACCAAAGGCCAUACAGGAUAUUUCUCUUGUCCUAAAUGUAUACAAGAAGGUGAUUUUGUUCAUAAUAGAGUGGUCUUUCCACAAACUCAUAAUACGUUGCGUACUGAUGAUGCAUUUAAAAAUCGUGCCCAACCUGAACAUCAUACAGGUGAUUCCAUAUUAGAAAAACUUCAUAUUGGAAUGAUAUCGCAAAUUCCACUGGAUUAUAUGCAUCUUGUUUGUUUAGGUGUUACAAAACGAUUGUUACAAAUUUGGCAAAGAGGAAAUAAACAUUUCAGAUUAUCGAAAGAGUGUGUAAAUUUAAUUUCACAGCAUUUAAUGGUGAUUCAGCCAUAUAUUCCAGUGGAAUUUGCGAGAAAACCUAGAGAUUUACGAGACAUUGAUAGAUGGAAAGCCACUGAAUUACGUCAGUUUUUAUUGUACACUGGAAUUGUAGUCAUGAAGUCCACGAUAUCUUCAAUUUAUUAUAAUCACUUUUUAUGUCUUAGUGUUGCAAUUAGAAUAUUGAUUGAUCCACAAUUGUGCGUGACAUUUAAUGACUAUGCAAAUUCAUUAUUAUUGCACUUUGUAUCGAAUUACGGGAAUAUUUAUGGUGACCAAUAUCUCUCAUAUAAUGUGCAUAAUCUUAUUCAUCUAGCCAAUGAUGUAAACAUGUUUGGUUCUUUAGACAACUUUAGUUGUUUCAAAUAUGAGAAUAAUAUGCAAAAAAUUAAGAAAAAAUUGCGAUCAGGAAAACCUUUAGAGGAAUUAAUAAAUCGUACAUCUGAAGAAUUACAGCUUCCAAUUCAACCGUGUCACAAAAAAAAAUAUCCUAUUGUUAUUUACACACCAAAAAACAAUAUUUCUCAUCUACAAUUCAAAACUUUUAAAAUUGCUAUUAACAAAACUGAUAAUUGUGCUUUACUGCAUGAUAUGUCUGUGAUUUUUGUUUUGGAAAUUUUUGAAGACUGUGGGAUUGUAUUUAUUCGUGCGCAACAAUUUUUGAAUCUUAAAUCUCUAUUUACUAAACCAUGUCCUUCGGAAAAACUUGGUAUAUUCGUGAUACCAAAUAUUACUUGUUUUAAUAUUAUUAAAAUUCCAGCGACACAAAUACAAAGAAAGUGCGUAAAAUUGAAAUUUUUUGAUGAAAGUAAUUCGUUUGUUACAAUAUCACUUUUACAUAGUAAUAAUUAAAAUGCAUUUUGAGUAGAUUUGAUAUAUUCUACAUUCUUUACUUUUGCAUAACUUUAUAAAUUAAUUUUAACUAAUACGUUAUGAAUAUUUUAAUAUA